AUAUUGAGAGGUUAUUGGAGCCUAUAAAAAGCACUUGGAGGGAGAAGGGUUUAAGCAUUGUAUGUGAUGGAUGGACCGAUGCACAAAGAAGGCCGUUGAUCAACUUUUUGGCCGUAACAGAGAGUGGACCGAUGUUCCUAAAAGUGGUUAAUUGCGAAGGGGAAUAUAAGGAUAAAUAUUUUAUUGCUAGCAUGAUUUCAAAAGUUGUUGAAGAGGUUGGACCCCAAAAUGUGGUUCAAGUGAUAACGGAUAAUGCUUCCGUGUGCAAAGCGGCGUGAAUGUUGAUUGAAGCGCAAUUUCCUUCAAUAUUUUGGACUCCUUGUGUUGUGCACACAUUGAACCUUACAUUAAAAAAUAUUUGUGCGGCUAAGAAUACCGAUGCCAAUGAAAUUACUUUUGAUGAAUGUAGUUGGAUUACUAUCAUAGCGGAGGAUGUAGCAUGCAUCAAGAAUUUUAUCUUGAAUCAUUCCAUGAGGUUGGCAAUAUUUAAUGAGUUUGUCAACUUGAAAAUGCUUGCGGUGGCCGAGACUCGAUUCGCUUCGGUAAUUGUCAUGCUAAGAAGAUUCAAGCAAAUCAAACGGGGUCUCCAAAAUAUGGUCGUUAGUGACAAAUGGGCUAGCUAUAAGGAGGAUGAUGUGGGGAAAGCACAAUUUGUAAAAGAUAGAAUUCUCAAUGACUUGUGGUGGGAUCAAAUUAACUAUAUUCUUUCUUUUACCGAACCUAUAUAUGAGAUGCUUCGGAUUGCCGAUACCGACAAGCCUUGCUUACAUUUAAUGUAUGAAACUUGGGACUCCAUGAUAGAAAAGGUGAAAGUUGCUAUAUAUAGGCGUGAAGGAAAGAAAGAAGACGAGGAAUCAUCAUUUUAUUCCGUUGUGCACAAAAUUUUGAUUGACCGAUGGGCUAAAAGCAAUACUCCACUUCAUUGCUUGGCACAUUCUUUGAACCCUAGAUACUAUAGCUCAUCGUGGCUUAAUGAGGAUCCAAAUCGAGUUCCUCCGCAUAGGGAUUUGGAGAUAUCAAAGAUGAGAAACAAGUGCUUAAAAAGAUUUUUUCCAAAUAAUGAAGAAAGAAGAGUUGUAAAUGAGGAGUUUGCAAAUUUUUUCACUGUCGGAGAGGGAUUUGAUGAGCACGACUCUAUUGGAGAUAGGGGAGUUCUUGACCCAAAGAAGUGGUGGGGUCAUCCAUGGUGCGGCAGCAUCUAUGCUCCAAAAUUUGGCCCUAAAGUUACUUGGCCAAUCUUGCUCCUCUUCAUGUUGCGAGCGGAAUUGGAGUACCUACUCAUUCAUUCACUCCAUGAAGAGGAAUAAGAUUACGCCACAACGAGCCGAAGAUUUAGUAUAUGUACAUACUAAUCUUCGCCUUUUAUCAAGGAGGGCUCCAGAAUAUAUAAAAGGAGAGACCAAGAUUUGGGAUGUUGGAGGAGAUUCUUUCGACACAUUUGAUAGUGUUGGUCUUCUUGAAAUUGCAAAUCUUUCACUUGAUGAGCCAGAUUUGGAGAGUGUGGUAUUUAUUGAAGAUUCAAGUGAGAAUGAAACUGAACCAAAUUGAAGUCUUUUGAUGAAAACCCUCUCCUUUUCUUUUUGUUGUUUUGGAUGUGGACUAUGCUUGUAUGUAAGUCGU